CGGUAUUUGGAUCGUUUCUUUAAGGGCCCAAACUCAAUUUAAAAAGUUUGUCUGUAUUUUAAUUAUUAAGCCUAUUUAAUUAUUUUGAUUUAUUUUAAUUGUUGUUCUCUGUGCUUGUGAAUUUGAAAGCAAAUCACAUCAUAUCCUUGGUUGAGGUUUGUUUUGUUUUCAUCAUACUUUUCUGACUGACAAAUAAACUUAACUUGCAAUCAAAAUGGCUGCGGCUCCAGACCAACAUGCAGGAAUACCUCAAACAAUGUCGGCUCAAGCAUUCUGUCUACGCCGAAACAACCACUCUUCUGACAUGUCGGAACAUUUUGAACGGAUGUUUAAGGAGGAGGCCAUGGUUGAUGUUACUCUGUCCUGUGUUGAUGGAAGUAUUCGGGCUCACAAAAUGGUUCUUAGUGCUUGUUCAUCAUACUUUAAGAAUAUUUUCAAUAAAUUUGUCAAUCCAUACCAAUAUCCAGUUGUAAUCAUGAAGGACAUACCGUUUGCCGAUCUUAGAGCUAUCGUUGAAUUCAUUUACAGAGGUGAAGUUUUUGUUCCCCAAGAACAAUUAGCUUCAGUUUUGAAAAGUGCUGAGAGCCUUAAAGUGAAAGGUUUGUCUGAGGUAAACGUAACCAAAAGUCAAACAAACCAACAAUGGUAACCACUACCAUAUUUCCAUGACUAACUACUCACUGAAUGUCAUUUUCAAUCAUUUUCUUGCACAAAAAAAUAAAGGUUACAGCUUUAAAUUAAA